AGCAAUGCGGUUUGACAUGUGACAAUCAAUAACAAUAUUCAAAUUCCUCCCCUGCAUUAUAUCUCAUACGCAACCGAGUACCAGACCGACGUUACCCCAUUAACCUUUUCUCCAUAAUGCGAGAAAUUGUGCACGUACAAAUUGGACAAUGUGGUAAUCAGAUGGGCUCCAAAUUUUGGGAAGUGAUCUCGGACGAACACGGUAUUACUAACGAGGGACUAUACAAAGGGGAUUCCGACUUGCAACUGGAACGCAUAUGCGUUUAUUACAAUGAAGCCAUCGGUGGAAAAUUUGUACCCCGUUCCAUCCUCUGUGACCUGGAGCCUGGAACUAUGGAUGCGGUAAGGUGCGGGCCGGUAGGACACCUGUUUCGUCCAGAUAACUACGUGUUUGGAAGCACUGGAGCAGGCAACAAUUGGGCCAAAGGACAUUAUACCGAUGGUGCUGAGCUCAUAGACAGUAUCGUAGAGGUGGUCAGAAAGGAAGCAGAGUUAUGUGAGUGUCUGCAAGGAUUUCAAGUGGUUCACGCACUCGGAGGAGGCACGGGGGCUGGAAUGGGCACGCUUCUCAUCAGCAAAAUCAGAGAGGAGUUUCCAGAUAGAAUCGUUUGCAGCUUCUCCACGGUCCCUUCCCCUAAGGUUUCCGAUGUGGUAGUUGAGCCUUACAACGCUACGCUCUCUAUUCAUCAAUUGGUUGAAAAUUGCGAUGAGACCUUUUGCAUAGACAAUGAAGCUCUGUACGACAUUUGCAAUCGAACAUUGAAACUGAGCACACCGACCUACGGAGACCUGAACCACCUGGUUAGUGCGACAAUGUCUGGGGUUACAACGUGCUUACGCUUUCCCGGUCAACUUAACGCGGACUUAAGAAAAUUAGCAACCAACAUGGUGCCCUUCCCAAGACUACACUUCUUCAUGCCCGGCUUCUCACCACUCACCAGUCGACACUCACAACCUUACAGAAGCAAUACGGUACAAGAUCUGACUCAUCAAAUGUUUGACAGCAAAAAUAUGAUGGCAGCCUGUGAUCCACGUCAUGGAAAAUAUUUAACAGUGGCCGCUAUGUUCCGUGGGCGAAUGUCGAUGAAGGAAGUGGACGAACAAAUGCUGAACGUACAGAAUCGAAAUAGUGCCUAUUUCGUUGAAUGGAUUCCAAACAAUGUGAAAACUGCGGUUUGUGACAUUCCACCUAGAGGGUUGAAAAUGUCCGUCACCUUUAUCGGGAACAAUACAGCAAUUCAAGAGAUAUUCAAACGAGUUGGGGAGCAAUUUGCAGCCAUGUUUCGACGUCGCGCUUUCUUACACUGGUACACGGGUGAGGGCAUGGACGAACUUGAGUUCAGCGAGGCUGAGUCAAAUAUGAACGAUUUGAUAAGUGAGUACCAGCAAUUUCAAGAUGCCACUUUGGAAGAUGAAGUGCAAAUGGAGUAAUCGAUCUACAGCGAGGAACGUAUCUAAUGUGCGUGCACUGAGCAUUUUUACUGUCCCGAAGGUAAUACUGUAAAAAUUUGAUUAUGAACUGGUCACGCUUAUCCCGCUUAGCAACCAUUGUGUUACGAUCAAGUAACUAUCUGAGGCUCGCUACUAUGCCACCGUUCGUUCAUUUGGUCAUGCUCGCAACGGUCACUUGUCCGUCGCGAUACCCACAUUUGCUUCUGUGUGUGAAACACACUACCUGAGUUCCACCGGCCAAUGUUUCAAUAUGCACUUGGUUUCAACUUAUUUUCUCUUGUAUUCGUUGUUGGGGAAUCGUUAUGGGGAGGUGUACGUUCCCUCUUUUGCUGAAAAUUCCCACAGGGAUCGUCGACAGCAUUGUCCUCGAGUUAUAUAUUGCUCGUCCCCGAAUGACCAUACUAAGAACAUGAAGAAACUAGUAUUUCAUUCGCACCCGA